ACCAAAUGCUCUACAGUCGCCGGAAUUGGAUGGACAAGGAAACUUGUCUCGGGAUUUUAAGUGCCGUCCUUGACACCAUGUCCUAUCCUAAUCGUGUCGUUGAUGAUAGUGAUCCCCCUCAUUCCAACAGCAUCGACGUCAAAGACCUUCACCGACUCUUGAUGAAAGGCUGUUACCACCAACGUGACCGUGACCGUGAGAGCCUCGAUCAUUCGAAAAAUCCGGUCGGGACUUUCAAAACUUCGCGGGAAAUUCAAAUCUUUGUCAAGUCUUGGUCGACGACGGGCAGAAUCAUCGCCAUCAAUAUCCAGCCGACGGCGACAAUCCGGCAAUUGAAGGAGCGGAUUUUUCUUAAAGAAGAUAUUCCGCCGGAGCAGCAGUGCCUGAUUUACGCCGGAAAGCCACUGCCGGACGACGGAAUAAGCGGUGAAGGUGAAACUUUGCAAGACUACGGCAUCGGCCAGGAAAGCACUUUGCAACUUUUACUCCGGCUGAGAGGCGGUGGACCAUCAUCCUCAUCCGGCGUCGUCGACUGCCGGAGUAUCCAUUUGGCUCCUGAUUUGUUUGACGAGCGCUACCACCACGAUUUCAGCCGCAUCUGCGAUCAAGGAUUCAAUUUCUACCGGGGCGGAGUCAUCUACAUUCGCCCGUGCGGAUGGAUCCGGCUGGCCUUGAAUGUGGAAGGCAAGUACGCGGACGACGUCUGGCUCAAAGGCAAUCAGGGCAAACGGCCCGAUCCUUUCUCAUCGGUCGAUGGGGAGUGGCCGGUAAGUUACCACGGAACUUCCUACCACAACGGACUAUCCAUCGCUCGCCAAGGAUUCGAUCUGGCCAAGUGCAAACGAUCCAAACACGGGUACGGCAUCUACUCGACGCCGGACAUUGAGUGCGCUCUGAAAUUCGCCGAAUGCGGAACUUACAACGGGCGCACCUACAAGUUGGUCAUCCAGAAUCGCAUCAACCCCGAGAGUUUGAUGAAAAUCAGCCGCUCUGAGACUCGCGGAGGUGAAUAUUGGAUCUCGUCCAGCGAAAAGGACGUCCGGCCCUAUGCCAUUUGCAUUCGUGAAUGCGUCAAUAACGACGGCCUUUGGUGUUAUUGAUUUUUUUGAAUUUUUGCCAUUUUGAAUUUUCUUUUUCAACCCUAAGUUUUGAUGAAUUUCUUUUUCUUGCUUUACUUUUAAAAAAAAAAUCUGUUGAACAUUUUUGUGUCACAAGUCUCGUCAGUUUGGAAAAAGAAUAUAACGAAUUUAAUUAAA